AGACAGGAGGUUCAAGAAAACUGCGUUCGCUGGAGGAAGAGGUUCACGUUUGUGUCCAAAAUGAGCGCCAACCCCCACACCGGAGUCCUGGACCCGUCUGUGUGCAGAGUGUCAGUCAGGAAGGAACUCAAAGGAGGAAAAGCAUAUACGAAGCUGGGCUUCACAGACCUCAACAUGGCGGAGUUUGCUGGCUCUGGCUCCACCGUGCGCUGCUGUCUGCUGGAGGGAUACGACACCAAGAACACGCGGCAGGACAACUCCAUACUGAAGGUGAUCAUCGGGAUGACCCUCCUGUCUGGAGAUCCGUGUUUCAAAAC